UGGUGAAGAGCGCCUAUGCCUCAGAAAGAGAAGGCUGUCAGGAUGGACACUCCACCCUCUGAAGAUCCACAGAACAAAAAACUGGGAAACCACAAAGAGGAGAUGGAGUUUAAAGAACCGGACGGUCUGAAGGAAACCUUGGCAAACCUCCAGGGACUGUCUGAGAUGAGCGAGAAGGCGAUGCUUUGCUCCCGCAUCCAAGACCAGUCCCAGCUCAUCUGCAUCCUGAAGCGGAGGUCAGAUGAGGCCCUGGAGCGCUGCCAGAUCCUGGAGCUGCUCAACACAGAGCUGGAGCAGCAGAUGGUGCUGGAGGCUGAGAAGCUGAAGGCCAAGAGCGAGCAUGCUCAGAAGCUGGAGGAGCGCUUUAUGACCCUGGCGGCCAACCACGAGUUGAUGAUCCGCUUCAAGGAUGAACACAAGAGUCACAACAUCAAGCUUAGGGAAGAGAACGAGAGGUUGAGGCUGGAGAAUGACAACCUCUUCAGCCAGGCUCUGAAGGACCAAGAAGCCAAAGUAUCGCAGCUCACUGCCCGGAGUGAGGACCUCGCCAAAGAGCUGGAGACCCUGAAAGAGCAGUGCGCUCAGGAUGCCCGCCAGGCGCAGGCCCGGGAGCAGGGGCUGCUGGAGCUGCAGAGCCAGCAGGCCUGCGCCCACGCCAAGGGGACGGAGCAGCUGCGCAGCCAACUGCUGAGCCUCAAGCAGCAGCUCUUGCAGGCCUUGGAGCAGGGGGUGAAGGCCGAGCGAGCACACAGCAGCCUGAACCAGGAGCUGCAGGCCAGGCUCCAGACGGUCACCCGCGAGAAGGAGGCGCUGCUGCAGCUGUCCAUGGAGAGGGGCAAGGCGCUCCAGAGCAAGCAAGUGGAGAUCCGCCAGCUUGAGGAGAAGCUGGAGACAGCCGAGGUGGCCAGGAGGCACGCGCUGGAGCGCUUUGAGCAAGAGGCAGUGGCGGUGGACAGUGACUUGAGAGUCCGGGAGCUUCAGUGCAGAGUAGAUGGGAUCCAGAAGGCCUACGAUGACCUCAGGCUGCAGUCUGAAGCCUUCAAAAAGCACAGCCUGGAUCUUUUAAGCAAGGAGAGAGAACUCAACGCCAAACUCCGCCAUCUCUUUCUAUAAGGAAGCUUCUACUCCCCUGGGCCUCUAGUUUAGAAUUCAAAUACUGGGCCAUAGCAUUACGGAGAGAGUACAUAGUACUCCCUCCAUUUAUUACACUUUUAAGCACAAAAGGCAACUCAAAGAAAAGCUACUUUACUAUGAUAUUUUUGUUACUAUUGUAAGGCUGACACUAAUUUUCAGUCCUAUCACCUGGAAUACACAAUAUUUACCAGAAUUCCUUCUGUGCCUUUGAAAUCUUCCUCAAUUUGCUAUCAGUAUCUCUACCUCUGCCAUACCUUACUCUUCUCAACCUCAGAUAUCUUCAUACAGCCUAAGAUUUUAAAUUAGCAUCUCCAGUGGAUUUAGGUGAAUAUUAAACAUGCAAUGAGAGGUGCUACUGUGAAAAAAUUUUGACAUAAUUAGCCCUUGUAGGUAGAUAGAUUUGUAGUCUCCUGGAGUUGAGACUGUAAACUAUAAGAGUUAACAGCAUCAUUAUAGCAAGGAUAAUUUGCAGAAAAAAACGUUUGAUUUUUGCAAUCAGCAAAACAAUUGCUUGUUUCACCUGUUUCCCAGCAGCAGCCUUUUAAUUUUAUUUUAUUGGUACUAGCUUGGAAAACAAAGAUUGAGAUCAUUAAGUUCUUUCUCAAAGUAGGUAAACUUAAUUAUUAUAGUGAUUCUCUAUGAACAAUAAGAUUCAAAUAAGUGAAGUCAACCAGUUUUUAUUUUUCCUGCAAUUUUAGAUCACAUUCAAUUUUCUUGUAUUUUUUUCCUUAAUAAAAACAGGAUUUAGAGUUGCAUGAAUGCAAAUAUCAGUAGUUUCAUUUAAUGUACAUUAUGUUAAUAAAAAAGGACUGCAUUUUGGGGUAACAAGUCAUAGCAGACUGGGUAUGACACCUAUAACAAAGCAUGGUGAUUGUUUUGUUUCUAUUAGCAUACUUCUGCAAUUAACUUUUUCCUCUUAAAAUCUGGACGGAAUGUUUAUAUUUCCAGCAUUUUUGUAGGAAUACCUAAAUAUGGAGUUGUAAAAACUUUAUAGUCAUUAUAUGUAUUUAUAUAAAGUUCUUAAAGAGGUAGUUAUAAAAAAUACACUUUCUGCAUCAUGA